AUGCUCGAGUACAUCUACGUGUGCCGGCACGGCUUCCGGUACGUUGCGUGCGCGAUUCUGCUGACUGGCAGCUUGUCGGAUGGCUCGAACUGGACGAGCAGCCACCACCACGCGCCGACGGGCAUGGACCGUGACUAUCCUCUCGCGGCCCUCGGCCACAUCCAAGCGGAGGACCUCGCGCGCUUCCUCUCCGACCCCGAGCGCACGGCCCCGCACCCGCCGCCGGAGCGCGUGUUCUCCUCGCCGUUCUACCGCUGCCGCCACGGCACCCCGCACUCGAUCCACCUCGAGCACGGCGUGCAAGAGUGGUACUCGACGACGAAGGAGGGCACGGGGCUGCACCCGCGGCCCGGGGGGCCUGCGAGCUUGGCGCCCCACUUCCCCGCGGGCAUGGUGGACAUGGAGUACACGAGCACGGUGUAUGCGAGCCGGCGCGGCGAGAGCCUGCGCGGGCUGCACGCGCGCAUCGGCCUGUUCCUCGACACAUGGGUCGCGCGGAUGGACGAGGCGGGUGUCCGGUCCGCCGUGAUCUUCGGGCACGCCGCCACCGUCAUCGCCAUCGGGCGCCUGCUUACCGGCGACAUGGAGCGCGAAGUCACCGCCGGGUGUGCGGUUACGUCGCUGUACCGCCGCCGCGCGGGGCCGUUGGGCGGGUGCGGCCAGUGGGAGGGCGUGUAUGACGGCCGUGCGGAUUACAUGCCCGGCGGCGUCGAGCGGGACUGGGCCUUCUCGAAUAUCGAGCUUGCGGACGGCGAGGUCCUCGAAGAGCCGGGAGACGGGAAGUACCACCCACCAGAGGACGAGCUGCCGGUCGGCCUCGCGCCGGGCAUGGAGCGAUACCUCCGCAGAGAUGGGGGCAGCUCGGAGGCCGUGAUCGGCACCAAGCCGGCGAACUGGUCGCGGUUGUAG